GGCAUAAACUGACGGUUCUGAUGAACCACUGUCUUAAGUCCUGUCAGUUUUUAGCCUCUCAAUGAGCGGUAAACGACCCUCUAUCUCCCAAACCUCCCGCUCGUUUCUUUGAUUUUAGGACUUGCUUCACUAAUGGCUUCUUCCUGUACACCUCGCAUCAUCGCCGUUACCCCAUUCCUUGUAAACCCUAAAACCUCUCGCUCUCCGUCAUCUCUCUCUCUUCUCUCUACACCACUGUUCCAUAGAGAGAUACCCAACCUAUCAUGCAAAAAACCAGGAUUUCUAUAUUGUUCUUCUCGAUUUCCUGGAGCCAGUACAUCAGAAGAGACUUCAACUACAACCUCAGAAGAGCCAGACACCUCAUCUGAGGGAGCUGCACCUACUAAGGAAGUAAAAAUCCCUGAAGACGCUUCUGCUGGCAGUGACUUCCAAGCUAAUGAACUUUUGGAUGCCUUUAACUUAAAGCUGGACUCUGAAAACACAUACAGCAUCUUCCUUUAUGGUGGUGGAGCUUUGUUGGCUUUAUGGAUUUCAUCAGUCAUUGUUAGAGCACUAGACUCUAUUCCUCUGUUCCCACAGGUGAUGGAAGUUGUAGGCCUUGGUUUCACUGCUUGGUUCAGCUACCGCUAUCUGAUUUUUAAGAAAAGCAGGGACGAGCUGUUGGUUAGAAUUGAAGAACUGAAGCAGCAGGUUAUAGGGUCACCUGAUGAUUGACUACAGUAAUGUUAUCUAUCAAUUUUGGCUCUUUCGACUUCCUGUCUGAGAAUUGCUGCGCACCCAUAUGUACAUUUAGCUUCAUCUUUUGAAGAAUGGUUUUCGAAUGAUUUCAUCAACUGGAUCUUCACUAGUUGAAAUUAUUUUUAGCAUGAUAUUCUUUUGGCUCUUAACCUGUUAUGGGGAUGUUCAUGUUCUAUUUUCCAUUUUCUCCA